CAUCUCACUUUUUUCAUCUCCGUGGAACUAGUAGUUUUUACUACUUUUUUCUGACCAAAACUUGAAAGUGGAUUCUCUUCAACAGAGAAGAAGUAAAUCAAUGGCUUAUGGUUGUAUUCAUUCAAGAAGCUAUCCAUUAUCUACAUGGUCCAAAAACAAGGUUCAAGGAAACGAAGUAGCUUUUUCUUUAGGUUAUGGGUUUUCAAUUUGCAGAACUCCCAAUGUUAAAUGUUCACAAAAGCUGGGUGAACAAUCACUGAGCAUUUCCAGAGCUGUUGAGAAGAAACCAGUGAAGAAGUCUGGAAAGAACGAGCAUCACUUGUGGAAGAAAAGAGAUUCAGCUGGCUCAGGACAAAAGGCACUCAAUCUUGUUAGAAUUGUUUCUCAGCUUCCCAGUGAAAAAGAGACUGUUUAUGGAGCAUUGGACAAAUGGGUAGCUUGGGAGACUGAGUUUCCAUUGAUUGCAGCUGCAAAAGCUUUACGAAUUUUGAGGAAGAGGAGCCAAUGGCUGCGUGUUAUUCAAGUGGCAAAGUGGAUGUUGAGCAAAGGCCAAGGAGCUACGAUGGGAACAUAUGACACCCUUCUACUUGCUUUUGAUAUGGAUAAUAGAGUGGAUGAGGCUGAAUCAUUGUGGAACAUGGUUUUACAUACACACAAUCGUUCUAUCUCAAAGCGAUUGUUUUCUAGGAUGAUUUCUUUAUUUGAUCAUCAUAGCAUGCCAGAGAAGAUAAUAGAGGUAUUUGCAGACAUGGAGGAGUUAUGUGUCAGACCAGAUGAAAACACAGUCAGGAAAGUAGCUCGUGCCUUUCAGGAACUCGGCCAAGAAGACAAGCAGAAGUUGGUUCUUAGAAGAUACAUGAGCAAAUGGAAAUAUAUCCACUUUAAUGGCGAACGGGUUAGAGUGAAAAGACAUACGUCAGAUGAAGAUUGAUGCUCAAUUCAGUGAGUGCAUUCUCUUGGCAUCAAUGGCAUAAUAUGAGUUUGUAUCUAUUGCGUUGGACCUUGCCAAUCAGGUAUUGCAGCAACAAGGCAUCUUAUUCACCUUCUUUGAGAUAGGCAGCAUACACUUGAAUGCUAUAUGAAUAGUUCAUCAUUUCAGGGGGUUGUUCCCUGUAUAUAACUGUAGCUUGCAUGUUGCAAGCCUCUUCUUUAAUUUCUGGGGAUAUAUAUGCUGUGAGAGGGCCGAAAAGGGUUUUUGCUGUUAAUGUAGGAUAGUGUUUUGGGAUUUUGUCCUUAUAAGACUCUUAUGUCUUCAGAGUUCAGAUCAUCAUUGGUUCAAUUGAAAUAUUAAAUAGUUUUUGAAGAA